UACGGCUCAGUAGAACUUUUUCGUCGGUAGAGUAAGUUAGCUUCCGAAAGGAACCCGUCCGCAUCAUUCGAUUUUGUGAUUAAUUCGACAGUUUCAUCAGAAAAGUGAAUUUUAGCAACAUGGAAGAAAUUCAGCUUAGUAAAGAUCAACUGUCUCAUUUAAAAAUGGCAUUCGACGCAUUUGAUCAUGAUAAAAAAGGAUCUAUCAGCACGAGCAUGGUAAACACAAUUCUAGGCAUGCUUGGUCACGAAGUUCCAUCAGAACAGCUCGCGGAAAUUAUUGCGGAGAUUGACACAUGGGGAACUGGUGAGUUAAAAUUUGAAGAGUUUUGCCAGUUAGCAUCGCGUUUUCUUGAAGAGGACACUGAUACGGAAGCGAUACAGCACGAGUUACGAGAGGCAUUCCGAUUGUACGAUAAGGAAGGUAACGGUUAUAUCACUACUGAAGUGUUUAGAGACAUCCUUCAUGAAUUGGACGACGCAUUAUCUCCGGAGGAGCUUGACAUGAUUAUAGAGGAGGUGGACACUGACGGAUCUGGCACGCUUGAUUACGAUGAAUUCAUGGAGGUCAUGACAGGAUAAAUUAUGACUUUGGCACCGCGCGAAUGCACCGUGUCGAUCGCCCACGUAUCAAACAACGAACGUGCCUGUACAAACAGAGAAGCCGAAAUCUCUUCGAAGUCGAAGCUAGCAGAUUAUAAAUUCGUUCGUUUAUCAUAUGUGAGAAUAGAUCGCCAUAAAACUUAUAUUUUUAUCAAAUCCUGCGAGCCAGGAGUUUCGAUGAGAGAUGCUCAAGAAUAAAUUAUAAAGAAUUUU